UACAAGCGAGUUCUUUCCGGUGCGGUUAAAUAAGAAUUAUAAGUCGGCCGAGACCAUUCUUGUGUCGUUCACUGCGCGACUGAGGUCCCUCUUUCUUCCAAAGACAUGAAUUAUCUACGGAGUGCUUUUCUUUUGUGCCUGGUGAUGACACUAGGCAAGGCGAGUAAUUCUACAAGACCCAAAGUCCUCAUUUCAAGUCCAUAUGUCCCACAGAUUGCGUCCGACCUUCUCAGCAAAUGUUGUGAUCUUAUAAACGUACAAAAUGGGAGCAAAGAAGAAAUUCUGUCAAAAGUAGAGGGUGUAGACGCCAUUUUGUGGGCCUCCCAUCUCAAAAUAGACAAAUAUGUUCUAGAUGCGGCAGGUAGUCAAAUGAAAACAAUAGGCACCAUGACGGCAGGCUAUGAUCACAUCGACCUGGUAGAACUCAGGAAGAGGGGUAUAAAACUUGGAAAUACUCCAAAGGUGCUCAAUGGUGCCGUUGCUGACACUGCUGUUCUGCUUGGUCUGGCAGCCGCCAGGAGAUUGCAUGAAGGAAGAUUGCUGAUUGAUGGGUCAAAAUGGGAUCCAAAUGAAUGGAUUUUGGGACAGGACAUCGCUGGGUCUACUGUAGGAAUUAUAGGCUUGGGAGGAAUUGGUCAGGCAAUUGCAAAGAGGCUAAAACGUUUCGAAGUUAACGAAAUUAUAUAUACUGGCCACAAAGAAAAGCCUGAAGGUAAAGAACUGGGUGCCAGGUUUAUUCCGCUAGAAGACAGGGAUACUCUGAUCAAAGACAGCGACUUCAUUUUCAUAGCGGCUCCUUUGACUCCAGAAACAGAAGGGAUGUGCAACGAAGAUUUCUUCUCCAAAAUGAAGAAAACCGCAGUAUUUGUCAACAUAAGCAGAGGCAAAGUGGUAGACCAAAAGGCUCUGUACAAAGCUUUGAAGGAAGGGCAGAUUUUUGCUGCUGGUUUGGACGUCAUGACACCCGAGCCACUACCAGCAACCGACGAGCUUUUAACCCUUCCUAACCUUGUUGUUUUGCCUCACUGGGGCAGUGCUACAGCAAAAACAAGAGAUGCCAUGGCGCAGCUAACUGCCCAAAAUAUCAUAAAAGGACUAAACGGAGAACCUAUGAUAACUCCAGUUGUAUAAAUUACACACAUAUUUUUCUGUAAACGAAUGUAAUAAAGAAAUGUUUUUUGUA